CAGCAGUUGACAGUUGACUGAUGCACUCAAUGACAAACCAAUUUUAACAACGCGAAGUUCAAAAAUAAUCAAAGUCUGAGAACUGUUUAACAUUCGAAUCAUUCUGUAAUGGUUUUGACGAAGGAAUAUCGGAUAUGCAUGCCCAUAAGCGUGGAGGAGUAUCAAAUUGGACAAUUGUAUAUGAUUGCGAGGCACAGCUUGGAGCAGUCAGGUGAUGGUGAAGGUGUUGAAGUGGUCGAGAAUCGUAAAUGUGAAGACCCUGAACAUGGACAGGGGCAUUACACUGAGAAGAGGAUCCAUUUAUCAAGCCGACUUCCUUAUUGGAUUCAGAGCAUUAUACCAAAAAUAUUUUACAUUACAGAGAAGGCCUGGAAUUAUUACCCUUUUACCAUAACUGAAUACACAUGCUCUUUUCUUCCAAAGUUCCAUAUAGAAAUUAAAACGAGAUAUGAAAAUAAUAACGGCUCUACUGAUAAUUGUUUAAAUUUAACCGCUGAGCAAUUAGCUGAAAGGUUGGUUGAACAUGUCGAUAUUGCUUAUGACGAGGUCAGCGCUAGACAUUACAAAGAGGAGGAAGAUCCUAGAUUCUUCCAAAGCACAAAGACCCAUCGCGGUCCUUUGGUCGAAGGUUGGCGGAACACGCACACUCCAAUCAUGUGCUCGUAUAAACUAGUCAGCGCGUAUUUCGAAGUUUGGGGGCUUCAAACCAAAGUCGAGGAUUUCGUGCAUAGCUGCAUUCGUGAAGUACUGUUGCUGGGACACAGACAAGCUUUUGCAUGGAUUGAUUCGUGGGUGGAUAUGAGUUAUGAUGAUGUCAAAGAGUACGAGAGUAAGUUGCAGAAGGAAACCAAUAUUAAGAUACAGAAUGCUGAUGAAGCUGAUUCUGCCAUUGAAGCCAAAGAGUUGGGACAGGGGGAUUCCUCGCAAACUCAAGCGUUGUCUGUAGAAUCUCCUCCAAAGACGCCGGAUUCCAAGAAGGGAUACUUUUCCUCGUGGUUUUCUUAAUAACCACUUGACAUUUAUAUUUUUUAUGAUUCUCUAUAGUAUUAGUAGGAGGCUGAGUUUUCGUUUGGAAUAGUAAAAAUCCAUUAUAGCAAUAUUAAUUUAUUUACUUGUGAACAAACGCAAUAAAUUUGGUGCAAAGAGAUUUAGUUUGAUUUUUAUAUAUUUUUGUUAUUAACUUAAGCCAAUACUUAU